AUGGCUUUCGCCCGAAUGCUCACCGGCGAACGAUAUACGGGGAGCCACGCUCAGUUUAAAGCCGACCACUACAAAUACUGCUCGCGUCUGCUCGAGCUCAGUGAGAGUAUGCGCGGCGAAGAUGUGAAGGACUUCCAACAAGGGACUACAGGGGGAAGCGUAUCCAAUUUCGUCGACCACGCUUGGUACUUCUGCAAUCGUCGCAAACUUGUGCACACCGAGAGCGGGUACUACGAUUUUGCGCCUCUGAGCACCAAGCAAGGAGAUGUUUGCGCGAUUAUCUUUGGCUGCAAGGUGCCGUUGAUCCUUCGUGCCAUAGGGCAAACCGGGGUUUACAAGUUGGUGGGAGAAGCAUAUAUAUAG